UAGCCCAAAUCCAGCACAUCCUAUAGAGCUCGCACGCGUGCUGAUUCCUUGGCUCAGAUCUGGUCGGUUUCAUAGGAGCCGAGAUGGACCUUCCCCUGCCGUCGCGGGAUCCGGAGACCCUCGGCAAGGACGAUCAGGACUGGAUGUCCGCGCUGCGGGAGUCGGUGUCGUUCGGUCGAUUCCUAUCCGAGUCACUCGAGUGGGAUACGAUGAGGCAUGCCUUGCCGGCACCGACGGCUACCAUAUUGCAUGACCAAUCGCUGCCGGCAGCUGGCCUCAAUCAAGAUGUACAUGUCAAUUUCUUGGUGCCGACCACAAUGGUCGGAGCUCAAUCUGCCUCCUCCAAUUGUGGUGUUGCAUGCAUUGGCGAAUCUGGAGCAGGCGUGAGUUGUAGUCCAUGCUUGCCUGCUGCCCGGUCCUCAACUAAUGUUGAACGAGCUGCAUUGCAUUUGUCGAUGAUGGAGCCAAUGGAGAGCAUUGGUCAGAGCGUAGGAUCUACUACUCCAGUUUUGCUUGAAGAUGAUGCCAAUACCAAUUUCAAGGAUGGAAAUGAAUUGGCUUCAUGCAGUGGAGAUAGUUACACUACACCAAGGAAAACAAGAAGCAUGCCGAUCCGCGGUUCAACAUAUGAGCCAGAGUGUGAUGAAAGCUUGCAGCCCACAAUUGGCAUGGUCUUUGAUAAAUGGGAGCAUGGUGAGAUUUUCUACAAACAUUAUGCUCAUGAGGCUGGUUUUUCGGUUCGGAUAUUUACACAGCAUAAAGGGGAUGGUGGUGUACCAGUGUGGAAGCGAUUUGUUUGUGCAAGGCAAGGAUGGAGGAAGGAGAAAUGUGUACCGAAUGAUCAUGUCAAGAAGUCCAAUAGGAAAGUGAAGAUAACUAGGUGUGGUUGUGAGGCUAUGAUUGGCUUAAAGAGAAGAGGUGAUGGCAAGUAUGUAGUCGCCCGAUUCGUGCUUCAACACACACAUCAGCUUGUCUCGCCGAGUAAGAAACAGUUCCUGCGAUCUAAUAGAGAAGUCAGUAGUGAAUUGAGGAGCACAUUUUUCACUUGUCGCAAAGCAUUGAUGGGCCCUUGCCAAACAUAUCGCUUAUUGAGUGCACAAAAGGGCGGGCAGGCAAAUAUUGGAUGCACGAAGCGUGAUUUACAGAAUUAUGGUCGUGAUAUCGCUGAGAUAAUUAAAGAUGCAGAUGCACAAACAAUCAUUCAUGCUAUGAAGAGUAAGCAAAGUAUCAAUCCAACUUUCUUCUUUGAUUAUGAACGAGAUGAAGAGGACAAGUUAACCCACAUUUUUUGGGCUGAUGGUACAUGCAGAAAGAACUAUGCACUAUUUGGUGAGGUGAUGUCCUUUGAUUCCACAUAUAGUACUAAUCAAUACAACCUAGUUUUUUCCCCUUUCACUGGUGUGAACCAUCACAAGGCAUGUGUUACAUUUGGUGCUGCAUUUGUAUGCCAUGAAAAGGUUUGGUCGUACAAAUGGUUAUUCAAGACCUUUCUAAAGGCAAUGGGAGGUGUUGCACCUAAACUUAUCAUUACGGAUGAGGACCAAAGCAUGAAAGCUGCAAUCAAAGAAGUAUUCCCUCAAACUGUACAUAGACUUUGCAUGUGGCAUAUUCUCUACAAAGUCAAGAAGCUUUAAAAUAGAUCAGAGGGAUAAGAAGGUGCACCAGUCUCGAAGGAUAAAACCAUUGCUUAACUAGGUGACUCUUUAGGGGGGGGGGGGGGAAUGUUCCAAUCUAUGAUGUGCAUGCUUUCAACAUUGAGAAACAUGCAAAAUGACCAAAUGGCUAGGUCUAGCGAUUCCGGAGCAGAAACAGCUUCCUUUUAGUGUUCUUGCUGUGUAAUUAGGGGAAUCGUCUGCGUUAGCAGUUGACAAGAGUUGUAAUAUAUGCCUUUUAGGUUUAGGAGUAGCACCCUGUUUAACUUAGCAAAUCUGAACUAUAACUGUUACAUAUAUGUGCAAUUUCAUGGCAAGCGUUGCACUGUGUUUUGUCAAUCUGGAAGAUUGUACCGCUCUGGUUUGCUUUACUGGACAACAACAAGCUUUUAUAUCUGAAGGCAUUA